CCCUGCUUGUCCGUCAAUGGCAUUCUCUGCAACUUCUUUUUCUUUCCUUUUUCCUCUCUAAAACCCUAAUUUGAACUUCAAAUACCUUCGAGAUCUCCAAGCUCCGUCACCCCAAAAUGGCCACGACACGCAGAUCUCUUCCUCUUCUGAGAACCCUCGUAGCCGGAAAAACCCAAACCCGACCCGUGACGUACAUGCCCCGACCAGGAGAUGGAGCCCCAAGACCCGUAACGUUAAUCCCCGGAGAUGGGAUCGGACCUUUGGUGACGAACGCGGUGGAACAAGUGAUGGAAGCGAUGCACGCGCCGGUUUACUUCGAGAAGUACGACGUUCACGGCGACAUGAAACGGGUACCACAAGAAGUGUUGGAUUCGAUAAAGAAGAACAAGGUUUGUUUGAAAGGAGGGUUAAGAACACCCAUGGGAGGUGGAGUCAGUUCAUUGAAUAUGCAAUUGAGGAAAGAACUGGAUCUAUACGCUUCAUUGGUCAACUGUUGUAACUUACCCGGAUUGCCGACCCGCCAUGAAGACGUGGAUAUCGUCGUAAUUAGAGAGAACACUGAAGGGGAAUACUCGGGUCUUGAACAUGAGGUGGUGCCUGGUGUUGUUGAAAGCCUUAAGGUUAUAACGAAGUUUUGUUCCGAGCGGAUUGCGAAAUAUGCUUUCGAGUAUGCUUAUUUGAACAAUCGAAAGAAGGUUACUGCUGUUCAUAAGGCCAAUAUUAUGAAACUUGCUGAUGGAUUGUUCUUAGAGUCUUGCCGUGAAGUUGCAACUAAGUAUCCAAGUAUCAAGUACAAUGAAAUCAUUGUGGACAAUUGUUGUAUGCAACUCGUUUCGAAGCCCGAACAAUUCGAUGUCAUGGUUACCCCUAAUCUUUACGGAAAUCUGGUUGCAAAUACAGCGGCCGGUAUUGCUGGAGGCACUGGUGUCAUGCCUGGAGGCAAUGUGGGAGCUGAAUAUGCUGUGUUUGAGCAAGGUGCUUCAGCCGGAAAUGUUGGAAAAGAAAAGAUAGUAGAGCAAAAGACGGCAAAUCCCGUGGCAUUGCUUCUCUCCUCUGCCAUGAUGUUGAGACAUCUCCAGUUUCCUUCAUUUGCCGAUCGACUCGAAAGUGCAGUGAAACGUGUUAUCUCAGAGGGCCAGUAUCGAACUAAAGAUCUCGGUGGGCAAAGCAGUACACAGGAAGUUGUUGAUGCUGUUAUUGCUAAACUAGAUUGAUUACUCGUCUUCUACUUCACUAUGGGUUUUCCACAGUAAGAUUUUCUUAAGUUGGUAUAUCUCAUUCUUACAUUUUCAGAAUAAUAUUUUUUUUUCGAAAUACUCGAAAAUCAAACUUAUAACAAACAACAAACAACUGUUGAGUUGUGAACCAUUUUACAUUUUUUGUUUUUGUUAUGAUUUUGAGAGGAAUAUAAUAUUGUUACCUGCCUCUGAUAUUUCUACAA